AAAGACGCGCACUGUGCGUCACUUCCGCCGGGAGCGCGGAAUGGCUGCGAGUCCUCUUUAGUGAUUCUGCUUUCGCUUGUUUAUUUAUCUAAUUCUGACAUAUUUGGCUCUGAAAUGUCGGAUUCUCCAGAUUCUUCUUCAUCUCAGCUGAAUUUAGCGGACAUUGAAGCGAUUGAUGACAAAGAGUUUGACAUUCCUCAAGUGGAUACUCCCCCCACUCUGGAGAGCAUCCUUAAUGAGCCUGAGGAUGAAGACGAAUCGUUUGUCCUGGAGGACACAUGUCUGCUCACCACAGAGAACAUUGAUGCACACUCCUGUGAAACCACAUCCCUGGCCAGCUCUGACAGCGGUGACCGCUCACACCACCGACGGAGAAGACGGGCCCUGGACAGCAGUACACCCAUUCAUGGUUCUGUGCUCCGGCACAACAUCCUGAAGGGGAUCUCCGCCCAGAUGGUGUCUGCUGCCGACAAAGUUGAUGCUGGACUGCCAACAGCCAUAACAGUUUCCAAUGUCAUUGCUGUAGGGACUUCACACGGUUUAGCCCUUGUUUAUGGCAAAGAUAUGACUCAGGCACUGAGGCUCUGCCUCGGUAGUGUGACAGCUGGGGUGGAGUAUGGCGCCGUGUCGGCCCUCAGCAUUAACUACGACUGCACGCGGCUGCUCUGCGGUUUCGCCAAAGGACAGAUCACCAUGUGGGAUCUCGCCAAUGGCAAGCUGCUGAGGACUAUAAGCGAUGCCCACCCCCCUGGCACCGCCAUCCUGCAUGUGAAGUUUACAGAUGAUCCGACACUGGCUGUGUGUAACGACAGUGGUGGCUCUGUGUUUGAGCUCACCUUCAGGCGAGUCAUGGGACUGCGUAGCUGUAAUUCACGCUGCCUCUUCAGUGGCUCCAAGGGUGAGGUGUGCUGUGUGGAGCCUCUCCAUGCCAGCCCUGAGCUGAAAGACCACCCUAUUACCCAGCAUGCACUGCUGGCCAUGGCGUCCCUCACCAAGAUUUUAGUAAUUGGAUUGAAACCAUCUCUAAAAGUAUGGAUGACUUUUCCUUAUGGGAAGAGCGAUCCGGCCUGCGUCCCACAGCUUGCCUGGCAGUUUGUGCUGGUUCAGAAGGUGUCAAACCCCAUGCUGGCAUUUUGCAGAGGGGAUGCUAUUAGUUUCCUACUGGUACGUACCUCCUGUCUGCCACCCUGCCAUGUACAGCUGCCUGUGGAGGGCGCUGAUGGCACUUUCCAUUUUGCAGCCCUGUUUCUAAGUUGCUGUUUGGUGCUAGGUGGCCAGGGGGAGAGAGUCAGGAACCUUAGGCUGAUUUCAGACAAAGUAACAAUUCCUCAAUUUCAAAAUAGUGAGAAUUUGGAAUCCGAAUGUCAGGAGU